AUGCUGCCAGCUCUGGUCUGGCUCCUGCUGCUGAUGGGACUCCACAAUGUUUUGGCUCAAGGCUACAGUGAGAAGAGAACAGAGGGGAAGAGGGUUAGAAGCAAGUUACAGACUGCUAACACAAUACAAAAGUAUGGGAAAGUCUCUCUUGCUUUUGCUUUAGAGGAGGACUGCAGCCUAGAGUUGGCAUUUCUGGUGGACAGCUCAGAAAGUGCCAAGGAAAACCAUAAGAAAGAGGAGAAGUUUGUCAUGGAUGUGGUGGACCGGCUAUCCAGUAUUAAGUUGAAGACGAGCCGAAGGCUGAGCUGGAGGGUAGCUCUCUUGCAGUUCAGCAGCCAUGUGAUCAUCGAGCAGACCUUCAAGCAGUGGAGGGGUGCAGAGAUAUUCAAGGCAUCCUCGGUCCCCCUCACUUACAUUGGCCAUGGCACCUACGCUACCUAUGCAAUCACAAACCUUACUCAGAUUUAUCUGAAGGAGUCAGGCCUUAACAAUGUCAAGGUGGCCGUGCUGCUGACUGAUGGCGUGUUCCACCCCAGGAACCCGGACAUCUUUGCUGCCACAGCCAACACCAAGAACCAGGGAGUGCGCUUCUUCAUAGUGGGCAUUACCCCAGCAGCCAAUGAGCCCAGCAACAUGGAGAAGCUGCGACUGCUGGCCAGCUCUCCGUCAUCCCGCUAUCUUCACAACCUGCAAAAUGCUGGCAUUGUGGAUACCAUUUUUAAGGAGAUUGCAGAGGUGGCUGAUGAAGGAUGUCCUUUGGCCCAGAAGUGCGCGUGUGAAAAGGGGGAGAAGGGCCCUCCUGGUCCAGCUGGAAAGAAGGGCCGUCCAGGUGAUGAUGGAGCCCCGGGUCCAAAGGGACAGAAGGGUGACAGAGGGCUGAGUGGACUUCCAGGUCGAGAGGGGUCAGAGGGAAAACCUGGUUACAAAGGAGAGAAGGGUGAGAGAGGAGAAUGCGGCACUCCUGGAAAUAAAGGAGACAGAGGACCAGAAGGUCCAGUUGGUACAAGAGGAACUAGGGGUCUACAGGGGGUUCCUGGCCAACAGGGUGACAUUGGGCCUGAAGGUCCUCCAGGGAAGAAAGGAGAACGAGGCUCUCCUGGUCCACCUGGCCUUCAGGGGGAAACUGGGAUUGGUCUUCCUGGACAGAAGGGUGACGUUGGGUACCAGGGGCGAGCAGGCCCUCCUGGCCCACCAGGUCUUGGUGAACCAGGCCUUCCUGGGCCUCAGGGACCUCCUGGGGCCCAGGGUGAAAAAGGACCACAAGGAGAAGGUCUUCCUGGACCAAAGGGGGAGCGGGGCCCAACUGGCCUGAAGGGCCCUCAGGGCCAGCCAGGCAUUGGAAUGAAAGGAGAAAAGGGAGAAAUUGGGCCACCAGGCCUACAUGGUCCCACUGGCCUGCCUGGAACUGGCAUCCAGGGUGAGAAGGGAACUGAGGGGCCUCGAGGGCCACCAGGAAGCAGAGGGCCUCCAGGAGAAGGAUAUCCUGGACCUAAGGGUGAUCAAGGGUUACCAGGAGAGCUUGGAGCCCCUGGGGAGAGAGGGAUUGGCGAACCCGGACCAAAGGGUGAUCCAGGGUCUCCAGGAUUAGGUGGUCUACCAGGACUUCCUGGAGAGGAUGGUGCUCCAGGGCAAAAGGGAGAGCCCGGAGUGCCAGGUUUGCGAGGGUCAGAGGGACCAGCUGGGGUUGGCACCCAGGGUGAGAAGGGAGACCAGGGCCAGAGAGGCGUUCGUGGGUUGCCUGGUCCUCCUGGCAUCACUGGGCCUUCAGGUGCAAAAGGAGAGCCUGGAACUCAAGGUCGUACUGGUAUGCCUGGACUUCCAGGCCGUUCUAUCCCUGGACCCAAGGGUGGUGCUGGUCCACCUGGAUCUCCUGGACCUAUUGGGGAGACUGGGUAUGGACUGCCUGGUCCCAAGGGAGACCACGGAAGCCCUGGGCCUCCAGGUCCACUUGGUCCAAAAGGUGAUGGCUACCCAGGUCCUCCAGGUCUUCCUGGACUCCCUGGACCUCCUGGUGAGCCAGGCCCUGAAGGAGUGGGUCUUCCAGGGCCAAAGGGAGAUAUUGGAUUCAGAGGAUUGCCAGGUCUUCCAGGGGCCCCUGGUGCAGGACUGCAAGGACUGCCGGGAGCUGUGGGACGGCCAGGUCCACCAGGUCCAGGAGGACCUCCAGGGGAGGGCCUACAAGGUCCGAAGGGUGAGCAGGGAUCCCAGGGUGUGACAGGGCCAAGGGGACCCCCAGGAGAAGGAUUCCCAGGAGUCAAGGGUGAUCGAGGUAUGCAGGGUGAGAGAGGGCUGAAAGGCUCAAAGGGUGGCCUUGGUGACCCUGGAGUUCCUGGCCAGCCGGGACAACCGGGGGUCAAAGGUGAAGCUGGUCUCACAAGAGAGGACAUUAUUAAAAUUAUCAAAGAGAUAUGUGGCUGUGGAAUCAAGUGCAAAGAGAGGCCGAUGGAGCUAGUCUUCGUCAUUGAUAGCUCAGAGAGUGUUGGCCCGGAGAACUUUGAGAUUGUGAAGGAUUUUGUCACGGCUCUAGUGGACCGUGUCACAGUGGGCCGCAAUGCCACCAGAAUAGGCCUGGUGCUCUACAGCCUGGACAUCCACCUGGAGUUCAACCUGGCCCGUUACAUGACCAAAGACGACAUCAAACAGGCCAUCAGGAAGAUGCCCUAUAUGGGCGAAGGCACCUACACAGGCACCGCCAUCCGCCGGGCCACCCAAGAGGCUUUCUACAGCACCCGCAGCGGGGUCCGCAAAGUGGCCAUUGUCAUCACCGAUGGGCAGACAGACAAAAGGGAGCCAGUAAAGCUGGACAUUGCUGUGCGAGAGGCUCACGCAGCCAACAUUGAGAUGUAUGCGCUGGGCAUCGUAAACACCUCUGACCCUACCCAGGCAGAGUUCCUGCAGGAGCUGAACCUUAUUGCCUCUGACCCUGACAGUGAACACAUGUAUCUUAUUGAUGAUUUCAACACACUUCCAGCUUUGGAGUCCAAACUUGUCAGCCAGUUCUGUGAAGAUGAGAAUGGUGCAGUGGUGUACAACCGCAUUGCAAACAAUUUUGGAAAUGGCUAUAGGAACAAUGGCUACAGCAACAGUGGCUAUGAGAGCACCAGGCUUCAGAAUCAAGGCCACGGAAGAGGGGACAGCCUACCUCUGCCUCACAGCCGUGACACAAGCACAUGUGAGAAUGAAGACGGAAGAGAGGUGAUCGUACAGACACCAGUUCAGGGAGGCAACAGUGUGGUCGUGGUGAAUGAGAUCAUGGGGUCCCCUCCUCCCAUCACUCCUGUAAGGGAAACUUUAAUCUCAGGUGCCACAGAUCCUUCCGCUUCUUCGUCAUCUUCAUUGUCAACAUCAUCCUCUUCUUCUACCUCAGUCUCCACAAAGCUCAAGCCUGCACCACGCCCUGCUCUGCCAAAGGAGUUUAUCCCUGCGGACCCUCACUGCGGCCUAAUCCUGGACCAGGGUCCCUGCCGUGAAUACAGCAUUCGCUGGUACUAUGACAAGCAGGCAAAUGCCUGUGCACAGUUCUGGUAUGGAGGCUGCGAAGGAAAUGAUAAUCGUUUUGACACAGAGAUGGAAUGCAACCAGAACUGUAUAGUAUCUAGAACAGGAGGCUAAAUGGGAUGGCGACAGAGCUUUUAUAUCUCAC